UCAGUUGCGUGACGACUGCCCGAGUGAUCGGUUGUGCCAGCUACAUAGCUGUCGUGUUUGUGUUGAGUAUACAAGUGUUGCCGUGCUGCGUCGUGCUUCCAAAUACGUUUACUGAUCAAGAGACGUCAUCGCUAGAGACGGACGUGUGGCUCGAUUGAUUUGUUCCAAACAACAAAAUUCGUUUGCACAAUGUCUAAAAGUCUGCGCCCUCUUAAAAUAACCAUCGUCGGCGAUGGCAUGGUGGGCAAGACCUGCCUCCUGAUAACCUACACACAGAACGAGUUUCCCGAGGAGUAUAUACCGACUGUAUUCGAUAAUCAUGCCUGCAACAUAACGGUCGAUGAUAAUGAAUACAAUCUGACGCUCUGGGAUACGGCCGGUCAGGAGGAUUACGAAAGACUGCGUCCAUUGAGUUAUCCCAAUACGAACUGCUUCCUAUUGUGCUAUUCCAUCAGCAGUCGCACCUCUUUCGAGAACAUCAAAAGUAAAUGGUGGCCGGAGAUUCGUCACUUUGGCACUAAUGUGCCCGUUGUUCUGGUGGGCACCAAGCUCGAUUUGCGUAUACCGAAUUCGGAGAAAUUUGUGACCACGCAAGAGGGCCGACGACUGCGUAAGGAGAUUCAUGCUCAUAGUUUGGUCGAGUGCUCGGCCAAGAAGAAACUCAAUUUAGAGCAGGUCUUUGAGGAGGCAGUGCGUGCGGUGGAGAAGAAGCCGGGAAAGACCCCACCAACGUGCAAAAUUCUUUAAUUAAGUCCUAUGCUUAAUGUUUAAUAUUGUUAAUAUACGUAAUUGUAUUAUGUAACUAUAUAAUUGUCUGAUUUGCGGGCAUUCGACUCGCAUCUUUCACAGUGUGUGUAGAAAAAUGUAUCGUUAUGCUUUAGUUAUAAGUUUUAGUUGUGGGAAAACCAUUUUUGUAUGCGACCAAAGUGCAUUUUUUAUGUAAAAAUCAAAACAAAAAUUAGAAGUAAAGAAUUGUUUGAAUUUAAAUGCGUACAAGUUAACGCCACA